AUGCGCAUGUGGGAAGACGCUGACGCUGCUAGACGUAAGCAACAACAACACCGAUCAUCACAAGACGACAGCUCCGUCACUGAGACCACGCCGGAAACGAAACAAAAACAAGACAGCCGGAUGCCAUCUGUGGAAAAGGUGAAAGAAACAGAAAUGGAUAAUAUGUCUCUGGUUACUGGGACUACGUUUGUUGAUGAUGAUGAUGGUGCGAGUACGUCGACGCUUAGAUCAGCUGGGAGCGUGGUGAAUAGGGGUUGUAAGGAGUCAAUAGUGCAGGUCAAGUCUGAUGAUGGAGAGUCCAAUAAUAGGGAGAUUUGGAAGUAUGUGAAGAGGAGGGUGUCCAAGUCUUGA